AUGUCUUUAACAAUCGAAUCGAACCAGGCUUUGGCGGUCGCCGACAUGUCUUUGCGCCGUGCACUCCGCCGGAUUAAAAUCCAUCAAGCAGAUGGCAGCGUGGUCGUUGACCAAGCUCAUGCGAUCGCCCAGCUAGUGUCCACUGCCCUUCAGCAACAUGGAAGAACUGCCUCGGUCAUCUCGCCAUUGCUGCUGUCUGCUGUGGCCGAGGUCAGAGCGACCAUGAACCAAGGCAUCGCCCCACAGUGGGCUCGGGUGCGGGAUAACGAUACUUGGAUGGAGUCCCACCCUUUCUUCCCGAAGACCGUUGGAUAUGUGGCAGGAGGCACACCCGAACCUGCACCUCAAGUCGCCCCAGCUCCAGCUCCAGCUCCAGCUCCAGCUCCAGCUCCAGCCCCAGCUCCAGCCCCUGCACCAAUGUCAGUCCCUCCGAUCGAAUCGCUCCCUACCACCAGGCACCAGCACAAUCUUCUUGUGCCUGGCACGAUGACCAGCAAGGGCAAACAGCCUGCCCGUGGGACUCGGAGAUCCCAAGAGGACAGCCCAAGCGCUGAGACGGGCCGGAAGAAGCACAAGCCAGGAGGCACCAUUGUGGUUGCAAAGCUGGCCGGUCCGCCAAAGUCCAAGGGCGUGACCAAAGGCAUCAAGAAGACGCAUGCCGAGGACACCAUCGGUCGCACGCCGGCGAAGGGCAAAGGAAAGGAGAAGGCCAAGGAAGUUGCUGAGCCCAUUAGAGGGUGCCCACUAGCCAAGGCCGAUGCUGGGGCCAAGACUUACGAUCCACCUUGCAAGAGGUGUGUUGACGAGCCUUGCCUUGUCAUUAUCGGCAAGAAAGGGCAGGUCAUGAGGUCCUGUGCCAAAUGCAGCCUCAUGAAGGUGAAGUGUGACCGACCGAUGUCGGUCGAUUCUGACACUCCUGCGCCGAUGGCACACCUGAGGACCAGGGCUGCACCGGCCUCCAAGAAGGUUCCCAGGAGAACCAGAGCAACCUCACGGGCACAUCCACUGACUCCCAUCUUGGAGUCUGAAGAGGAAGCUGUCAAGGGUACUGGUAAGCAAUCAUUUCUUAUGUGUCCAUCACAGGUGAUGAUGACGCCGAACAUGGAGCCUGCUGCCGAUGCCCCGGCUGAGCCCGCAGCGGACGACAAGAUUGUCGUCAAUGAGCCUCGGGCCAUCGCAUCUGCGGAUGACUUCCCCGCCAAUCAUUGGGUGGAGCCCCACUCCGAUGACUUCGUCAUUCUGAUGGCAGCUCCUGCGGCCGGAGAUGUUUCCCUCCCUUCAGCAUCUCUCCCACCAACCAUCAGCGCCAUCCACGAAUGUGUGGUUUCCCUGGCUGCUAAGGUCGCUGCCAUGGAAGUCGCCGACCAGAAUACCCUUGCCAGGGUCGAUGCGGUGCAGCAGGACUGCGAAACCCGGAUCUCCUCGAUGCGUGCGGAGCUUUCCUCCAUGCAGUUCAAUCUCGGCACCACUGUCAGCCUCGUCAAUGGCCUGACCAGCCUGGUGGAGAAGCUUCGGGAGGCACAGACCGUUGCCAACCCAUUGUUCCCACCACCGAUGAUGAGCAACUUUGGUGCUACCUCGGCCACCCCACAGAUGCAAGCGAUGGGCAUCAGGUACUUGAACGCUCAGCAGUCCUCCCCUCAUCGCACCGCCGCUUCCACGAACGGAGCCAAUGGCAACCAUUCUGGCACUCCUACGCCAGAUGGCAACUUGGUCAGGCUGAUCGCCCCACCCAAUGGCAUCGCUGCCAUGACUCUCAAUGGCACAGCACAUCAACCGACAGACGUGCAGAUGUCACCUCCUGCGGAACCUCCCCAGUCCAAUCAGACUGGCUCACCAGUGUCUCAAGGCUGA